AUGCUCGGAAACAAUAAACCGUUUUCCAUCGAAUACUUGAUUGCGAGAAAAUCUUCACCACCACCAUCGCCAAUACCGUUAGUGUCAUCUUCAUCACCGACUUCACGUUUUCUCUUUCUUCAUUCACAACUAUAUCAAUCAACAAACGAUGAACAUUUGGAAAAGAAAGCGAAAGUUACGAUGCUUUCACCACCAGCUCAAACAUCAUCGACAACCUUUCAACAAUUACCAUUCGAAUUGAAACGAAUGCGUACAGCGUUUACAAGCAUUCAGCUAUUGGAAUUAGAACGAGAAUUUGCUUCCAGCAUGUACUUAUCACGUUUACGUCGGAUCGAAAUUGCUGCCUGUCUAGGUCUAACAGAAAAACAAGUUAAAAUUUGGUUUCAAAAUCGUCGAGUCAAAUUCAAAAAGGAAGGUACAAUACCAUCAUAUGAGAAGAAAAAUUCAGUGAAAGUCUUACGAACAUGUCAUUCAAAUCAACAUAAACGAUCGAAUGAACUUUGCGCAGAUGAUCAAUAA